AUGGGACUCGGAACUGUGAUUGAUAUAUCAGCAACGCCUGUUAGUAGUGAACAGUUCAUUAUGCGUAGUAUCAAAAAUGAUUGUGAUGCUGAAACUGCUGACAUGAGUAAUGAUCAGAUCACAACAACUUUGCGCUCUUCUUCAUUACUUCUGGAUCGUAAUAUGUCCCCGCCAGAAGUGAAAGAUACUCUUUCUUCAGAACAUUCUAACUUGAGGCAUGGAAUGCAGUUGUCUGAAGCUCACGAAGAUGUGCCUUCUGAUCCUUUUGUAUUUUCAACUCAUCAAUUAAAGGGAAAUCAGAUGUGUUCAACAAAUGGUACAAACACAAUAUUGGCGGCAGAACAGCCUUUGGAAAGUCGUUGUUUUGAUUCCAGUAAUUGUCCUCAUGACCCAGAACCGUCUACCUCAAAAGAAGGUCUAGCAUCAAAAGAAACUGGUAAUGAGCAGAAGGAUCAAGCGUUGAGCUUAAUAAAUGGGAAAUAUAAUCUGAAAACAUCAAUUGAUAUCGGAAAAUCAAGUCAGAUUGCUGCUAAUGAUUCAAAGGAACCUGACAAGGAUGUCACAACACAACUUUACAUUUCUGUGCCUUCUGGGAACAGAAACCAACAUGUCGAAAGUACGGAUUUGAGCCGACAGAUCUCUCCCGCUGUUCUUAAACAAGAACCAUUUCCUGCAAUUGAUGUUCAUCAAGGAGUACCUCGGCGAUCGCUGAUAAACACAGCUCCUUUGUCGCCAAAUCAUUAUGGUUCUAUUUUGGCUCAAACGCCACUGCCAUUUCGAGUUAAUAAACGUUCACAGCUCUCCGGUUCACACAAAACUUCAGUGCUGUCCAGUGCCAAUGAGAUAUUGGUGCGUUCAGAAACAAAUUCAAGGGAAAUUUCCGCAGAUGUAAAGGAAGUCCAACAAAAGAAACAAAAAAUUCAAGAAGAACGGAUAAUGACUGCACAUUUCGUGCCAUCCUCAUCAGUACCAAUUGUGAAUGCCGGUGAAGAUCAUUUGCAAAUUCCUAGUGAGCAAAUUUUGAAUAAAGCGCUGGAUUUAUUGCGCAAACCAGCGCAAGAUGAUGCAAAUGAACCGAGAACUGCAACCAAACGAAGUUGUCCAAAAAAAAUUAGUUCGAGCACUGUUAUGGACUAUAAAGAUGGCUUAUAUAGGAAAAUAUUGCAAGAGAAAAUUGGAAAAUUACGUGACAAGAAUGGCCUGGCAUUAAGCGUACCACAUUUGGAACGUGCUCAUCUUAGUCAGCUAGUUAAUUUACUGCAACGUUUCAAAAAUCACUUUACGCUUAAUGAUUUUCUGUCAAAAGAAGUUUCGGAUCACGUUUUCGGUGAUGGUUCAGCUGUUAUCGAAAAACUGGUUCAAGAUGCUCGAAAUCCGGUAUCUGGGGAAUCGGAUGAACGAUUAGCGAAAUAUGUUAUGGAUGCGGAUGUAACCGAAUCCGAAGAUAGUGAUGAGGAGAACGAGGGACAGAUGCCAUCAACAUCGAGCGCUUAUCUACCAUUCGGGAGCUUAUCGUCCCAUGCAUACUUUGAUGAGCGAGUCAGUUUGGGUACGCUAGAUGCAAAAGCGCUUUGCAUAGAAGAAGAUUGUGAAGAAAAAAUAAAUGUCGUGUAUCGUCAGCUGAAUAACAUUCGAAAACAGAAGACAAAGGUGUAUUCAUGGAACGACGAAGCUUUGAACGAAUGUUGUGCGAGAUGCUUACCAUAUGAUGGCAAAAGAAGACGUUUUCUGAAAAGGAGAAAAGUGGAGAGGAUAGGAAAAAAUGGUCUCAUUGAACAUGACACUCCUAUAUCAUUGGAUACUGGAGAACGCGUGCGGGCAUAUGCUACUGUGGAUAAUCGAGUUUAUCCUCCACUUCCUUCACUUGCAGCAGUGCCCAUAGAGCGUGGAGCUGAAGUCUAUUGUCGGCGAAGAUCGACUCGCCCAAUCAUACAUUUACGUAAAAGAUUUGAUCGCUCUCCGUGGACUACAUUUUUGGAGGAACGAAAGGUGGUAGUGAAGGAAGCAGUUAUAGUGGAUGAUAGGCAGACAAGAAGGAAACGAGAGAGGACUGAGAGCGAAGAAAGUUAUGAUGAUGACGAGGAAUACCAACCAGCUACAAAUUAUUCCCAGCGAGGCUCAUAUUCUAAACGGCCGUCAACAUUGAAACGUGCUGGACAAAAUCUUGUAGGAAGAUCGUUUGAUCGAAAGAGAAACGGAGAUUUCCGGAACCGCAGAUUUACUAACCAUCGACUUCGUCUGCUUCGCACAAAUGACGUUGAAGAUGGACUCGUGGAACCAAUGCCCGGUCUUCCUCAGAAAAUUGAUUAUAAAGAAAUUUGUAUACCGCACUGGGAACGAAAGACACUUGAACUAGUACCGGAGGAAGGUUUAGGAUGUAUGCAUCUGGCAGAAUGCUCGUGUGUGGCAAACAUAUCGAGACGACAUCUGCCAUACGAAUUAAAUGAACGAAAACGUUUCCAACAAUACAGGGAUUAUGUGGCCGCAAAAUCAGCAUCAACAGCCUCUAAGUUGUCAGGAUCUAGUCAUUCCAAACUUCCAGCAACAAGCACUGCGCCGUCUGCUACUGGUUCGGCCGAAAGUCUGAGCUUACUAGAAAGUGUUCAGUCAGGGUCUGCUGCACCAAGUCCUGCAACUCUGUACUUUGCUUUCGAUGACGAUCAACUGAGUUCGAAUAAUGGUGAAUCAAUAUCUGUACCGGAAUAUGAUCGACCAUCAAUGGUUUCGCCAUAUUCACCGAGAAUAUUCUCUGUUCCAUUGCUUGCUGGUUCUCAUUCAAUGAAAAAUGAAAAUAAGUGA